CGGGUCAUUCGGAGGCGCUGCGGCGGGUGCUGACCCCUGGGUCGGAGCCGGAGAUCCUGGCGCUCAAGUACGACCCGCUCAAGAAGGCCAUCGUGACUGGCGGCACGGACGGAGUUAUCAAGUCACAGUGGCCACAAGGACGCCGUCACCUGCCUGGCGCUGGAUUCCAACUUCCUGUUCUCCGGCUCCGACGACUGCACCAUCUGCCUGUGGGACACCGUGCCUGCGGGCGGAAUCAAGUCGUACGGAGGCAUCUCCCACGCCCCCUCCUCCCGCGGCAUACACAGCAUGGCCGGCGGCCCCACCCUCACCGCCUCCUCCUCCACGCCCUCGCUGGCGCUCAAGGCCCCCUUCACCAGCCGCGCGCUCAAGGUGCUGUCCGCGCACAAGCGCAGCGUCACGGGGCUGGACGUGCUGCCCGCCAGCGGCAACCUGGUGAGCUGCUCGCUGGACGGACAGCUGCUGGUGUGGGACUACGUGGCGGGGCAGGUGCUGCACAGGUUCGUGCACGACAAGGAGGAGUUCCGCUGCCUCGCGCUGCGCUACGACCGGCCCGAGGUGCUGGUGGGCACCAUGCAGAGCAGCCUGCUGCGCUACACGCUGCACGAGACCAGCGCCAUGUCCACAUCGGGGCUGGCGCGGAUGGCCAGCCGCACUUCGGGCCGGACCACACACGGCUUCGACGUGGCGUCGGGCCUGGAUGGGCUUGGGCUGGACGGGCCAGAUGACGCGAGCGAUGGAUAGCGGGGUUGGGUUAGCAGAGGGUCGGAAUUUAUACGUGAUGGUGCAUGGGGGGGCAGAGGGUAGGGGCCAGGAGUUCGUAAGUGUUCGGAAGAGCAGACAGUGGGGGAACGCACGGGUGUCGAGUGUAGGGCGAUCAUGCGCAUUGGGCCGAGUUAUGUGAGCGCUUGGCUGGAUGGGGGAGAGGUUCGUAA